AUGAAACAUCAAUUGGAUCAUUUCAUAUUGAAAAUAUUUGUAACAUUACAACUAGUCACAAUGAAAGCGUCAACAACUAUUACUAUCAUGACAGAUGAAGGACUUUCAAAAGUAAAUGGUCUAGCACAGAUAAAACCACCCCAGAUUGUGUCUAGAUAUGGAGAGUACAAUAUUGAAUUUGAAAGUUCUCCUAUAUCACUUAGAGGAGCAGACUUUUGGAAUAAAAAAGUUGUACCAGUGAUAUCGGCAUAUUUGGAACGCGGUGGAAGAAGGUAUUUUCUCCCAAAAGGAUCCGUUCAUUGUGAGUCAAAUGAUUCUUAUCUUUUAGUUAGAAUGGUUUUCUCUGAACCUCCAAUGUAUCCCUUACCAUUAUAA